GUCAGCUCAAAUCCAGAAUCUUAUUUCAAGAGAACUCUAAAAUAUAAUAUGAGGACCAUAGUCUCCCUAAAGGCAUGCAGCAAUGGGAGCGAAUCGUAAGCCCUCGAAACAGGGUUCGUUGCGGGCAAAGUCCCUCUCGGCCUCACGACCACGACCACCACGGGCAGCCCUAUCUCAGAAUCUCUCCUCCAAGGCUACAAGGACGGUGAUCCGAAAACAUCAUGUCCUACAGAAGCAGCUUUCCGCAGCUCGUGCGUCAUCCGACCAAGAAACCAUACAGCGAAUCGAAACCGAAAUCCGGGAGACUGGUGGCUUGACGGCCUACCAGAACGCGAGCCUCGUGGGGCAAAGCAACCCUCGUGGAGGCGAUAGCUCCAAACUGUUACUCGAGUGGCUAGAAGCCGACCUGUCACGAAUCGGCAAAUCUGGAAAACGGUUGCGGCUCCUUGAAGUUGGCGCGAUCCAUCCGCGAAAUGCCAUCACUGUCCAGUCGGCCAUUGAAGCCACCAGGAUUGACUUACGGAGCUCUCACCCAGACAUUGAGCAACAGGACUUCAUGGACAGGCCAGUGCCCCGAAGCGAGGACCAGAAGUUCGAUAUCCUCAGUUUAAGCCUGGUCCUUAACUAUAGUGGGACGCCCGCAUCGCGAGGGUUGAUGUUGGCCCGAUGUGCGCAGUUUCUACGCGAAGAUUCUAGCCAAUUGAGCGGACAAAGUCUCAAGAAUACCACGGUCUUAAUCCCGGCCCUCUUCCUCGUCCUUCCGCUACCCUGUGUGACUAAUAGCCGAUAUCUUACGCUCGAUCACCUCCAGGAUAUCAUGAAGGCUCUGGGCUUUGCGAUGACGAAGUGCAAGCAAACGCAGAAGCUGUCAUACACACUAUGGCAAUAUCACCAUCAUGGAACACGAAUAGAGAGCAAUACCGAUGAGGGAGGCCGUCUAGGCGUCAGAUCUCGACGAUUUUCGAAGCAGGAAUUGAAUCCAGGUGUCGGACGAAACAACUUCUGCGUCGUCUUGGAGUGACACAGUCAUUCCAGGCAAGGUGUCAAGAUCUAAACAUUAUAUGGCCAAGGUAUUAUAUACUAAAGCUACAAUCUUGCCAACCCAGGGAGUCCGCAACGCUUCCGGCAAUGCUCUAUUAAAUGUCAAUGAUGCGCAAACAUUCCAGCAGGUGGGUAUCAGAUUCC